AUGGUAUCAACCUCUGGCGCACAGCUCCUCCCCCACGAAGCCAUCAAGCACCUCUCUGACCGUCUUUUCUCGCGCACCACGCUUCUCACGCCCAACGUGCCCGAGGCCAAGCUUCUCCUUGCCGAGAAUGGCAUUGCCGAGCAGCGUCUUGUCGACAAUGUGCGCAGCGUUGACGAGCUCGAGGCGCUCGCGCAGACGAUUCGCGACCGCCUCGGCCCGCGGUGGGUGCUCGUCAAGGGCGGGCACGUGCCGCUGCGCGCGGCCGACAUGACGGCUGCCGCUGCCGGGGACGAGGACGAGGACAAGGACGCGGCGGACAAGAUUGUGGUUGUUGACGUGCUGGUUGGGCCCGAGGGAGAGGUGGUCAAGGUGCAGAGCCCGUUUCAACCGAGCACGAGCACUCACGGCACGGGUUGCUCACUGGCGUCGGCGAUUUCGGCACACUUGGCCAAGGGGCAGGACGUACCUACGGCGGUGCGCGCGGCGUGUCGGUACGUAGCGGCGGGUAUCCGGACGGCGCCGCGGCUCGGCGGCGGCAACGGGCCGCUGAACCACUUUCACUCGUUGUACGCGCUGCCAUUUUCGCCUGGUUAUUUUGUCGAGUAUCUUUUGGAGCGGCCCGACGUGCAGCCCGUGUGGAAAGAGUUUGUCCAUCAUCCGUUUGUCAUGGCCUUGGGCAACGGGACACUGCCUCUGGAAUCUUUCAAAGGAUACAUCAUCCAAGACUAUUUAUUCCUGGUACAGUUUGCGCGUGCGAAUUCUCUAGCAGCGUACAAGGCCAAGAAUAUCACCGACAUUCAACGAUCCAACGAGAUUGUAGGCCACAUUGUCCGCGAAAUGGACCUUCACAUCAACUACUGCAAGGGCUUUGGCAUCUCUGAGCAAGAAAUCCAAGCCACUCCAGAACUUCAAGCUUGUACCGCCUACACUCGCUAUGUCCUCGACAUUGGCCAGUCCGAGGACUUGCUCGCGCUGCAGAUAGCCCUUGCGCCGUGCCUGCUGGGCUACGGCGCCGUCGCGCAGAUGCUCGCCGCCCACCCGGCUACUGUCCGCGAUCAGCAGGCCAACACGUACUGGCCGUGGAUAGAAACCUAUGGUGCGGCAGACUAUGUUGAGGCUGUGCGUCUCGGCUCCGAUCUCAUCGAGAAGAGAAUUCGUGACUGUUCGCCUGCGAGAAUAGAGGAGCUGGUCAAGAUCUUUAUCCACGGAACAAGGAUGGAGAUUGGCUUUUGGGAAAUGUUUCCGUCGAAAUAG